AUGGCCGUCUAGGUCAACUGGACACGAGUUCGCGCUGCUAAGCAAAACAUUAGCCUAUUAUAUGGUUAUUAUGACGAGGCUUGAUACCAAACGGUGGUCUUCUGCAAUAUUAUUCCACAUUUAGCAUUUCUAAUCACCUUAAUCGUCAGAAUAUCCUCAGCACCUCAGGCUCAGAUCAUAAAGUCACCAUCAGCUGUCCAUCAUGUCCAUGUUUAGCACCGGUAUCCUGGUGCUUACGUCUCCGUUACACGUCCUCCCUCUCCGCAUCGCUCCUGUCCUCACGUCUGCAGCCCAGGUGGUCGAGCGCACACUUUACAUCCAUCUCCACCCCGGCCUCAACCUGGGCACAGGUGGGCAGGUGCGGCCCGCCUACAUCCCGCCUGUGGUGGAUCUCUGCGCUCUAAUCUCCCGUCUUUACAGCAAUGCCGCUGACAUUUGUGGGCACCUUGACGUCAGAGUGCUGCUCAGUAACGUCCGCACCCAAUCUGCGGCAUUGAACGGAAACAACGGUCCUUUUGCCACCCCACAGACAUUGUCCCACUCGCCAGAAGUAGUGCUCACAGACUUCCCCGUCCAGGAUUCAGGCCAGUCCUCGCUGGUCACCCAGUGCUUGCAGAAAUACGCUGGUCACUGCUACGUCUGCAAGCCGAGUCUCUCAUCUGUGCUCUUGAACCCACGAAUAGCUGAGUUUGAGGAAGAUAGAAGAGAUGCACAGUUAAAACCUUUAGAGACGUUCAGUGAUGUGGUGGUUGGCGGCACCUUUGACCGUCUGCAUGGUGCACACAAGACCCUGCUGAAUAUUUCCUGUCUGAUGGCCAACAGACGCUUUGUCAUUGGUGUGUGUGACCAGGAACUAUUAAAAAAUAAGGUCUUGAAGGAGUUGAUAGAGCCGUAUGAUCAGCGUGUGCAGAAGCUCCAGGACUUUCUGAACGAUGUAAAACCAUCACUCAAGUACGAAAUCGUUCCUCUCUCUGACCCCUUCGGCCCCUCCAUAAGCGACCCUGAGCUGCAGUGCAUUGUGGUCAGCGAGGAGACGAGGAAAGGGGGUGAAGCUGUCAACAGGAAGCGUGUGGAAAAUGGAUUGGCUGAACUGGUUCUGUAUGAGAUCCAGCUGUUGAAAGAUGCCCAUCGUGCUGACAUCGAGGAGGAGAAGAUCAGUUCCUCCAGCCUGAGAACAAGAUUGCUGGGAACGCUGCUCAAACCUCCAUCCCCGCAGCUGCAUCUUCCUCUGGACCCGUAUGUGAUUGGUCUGACGGGCGGCAGCGGGUCUGGGAAGAGCUCUAUAGCACACAGACUGGAAGCUCUCGGCGCUGUGAGGAUUGACUGCGAUCAGCUCGGUCACGAGGUUUACCUGCCGGGAACAUCCGCUUAUCAUAAGAUCAUCCAGGAGUUCGGCCAAGAUAUUCUUAAAGAGGACAAGAGCAUUAACAGACGAGUGCUGGGUGGGAAAGUGUUCGGAAACCAGGAGCGUCUGAAAGCUCUGACAGAUAUCGUGUGGCCGGAGAUUGCUCUGCUGGUGAAGAAGAGAAUAGAUCAAGCAAAAGAACAGGGUAAGCGUGUCUGUGUGGUGGACGCGGCCGUGUUGCUCGAGGCGGGAUGGACAUAUCUGGUGCAUGAGGUUUGGGUGGCCACCAUCCCAGAAGAAGAGGCAGUGAAGCGUAUAGUCCAGCGUGACGGUGUGAAGGAGGAAGAUGCCUUGAGGAGACUGAAGAGCCAGUGGCUGAAUGCAAAGCUGAUAGAUCAUGCUAACGUAGUGCUGUGCACACUGUGGGAACCUGACGUUACUCAGAGACAGGUGUUGAAAGCCUGGACUCUAUUACAGCAGCGGAUUCAGAAGAGACAAGAAACAACCAGAUCUUCAUUAUGAAUACAACCGGACCUCAGUGUUUCCAGAAUUUAGUGACAUUUAUGUACUUUUGUAAACCACUUUCAGUAGAAAAGGCUUUAAUCUUGAUCGUAGUGUAGAGAGAUGUUAUUAAUCUAUACUGUGCCUCCUGAAGACCAAAGACUACAAUGAAUGUCAGAUUGACCCAAUAAUAGACAAACUGGUCAGUUAUCGAAUGCAAAUUUAAAAAUGACUUUUGAUGUAAUUGUGAUCAAUUGUUUGAAAUUACCAAUUUAAAAACAAUGUUCAUUUCAUAAAACUUUAAUAAACUUAAUCUUUAUAUAUAUACACACA